AUGGAUCAUUCACGGAUCAACUCGCGGGCUUUGAUGCCGAGUGUCACUUCUUCUCAAUAUUUUACCAAUUCAACUGCAUCUCGAAGCAACACACCAGCCUCCGCGCGUACUCCUGCUCGCCGCCGUUCACGCAAGACCACAGGACCAAGUGCCGCCACUCCAAAAAGUCAUCAACUUUUCCAAUCCUCCAAUUCUGUAGCAGCAUCGACACCUGGUCUCACUCCGUCGAACAUAUCUACCUCGCUUAGUCGCCCCACCACAGCCUCUGGUCGAAAGUCGCGUGCCACCAAUGCUUCGUCCGUUGUAGGAGAGGCCCAAACCAUUGUCUGCGCCGUCUGUGAAGCUCGGGGCGUUUCGCCAUCUGUUGGGAUUGCAUUUGUGAAUACGUCUUUAGGUGAAGCCGUUCUCAGUCAAAUUUGUGAUAACCAGUCCUAUGUCAAAACCCUGCACAAAAUACGCAUCAAUUGGCCAUCCCGGAUUAUCUGCUUGGCUCAAGGAACGAGACCAACUAGCCUCAUGUCGCUGCUCCGUACAAUGUUCGCCGAUAUACCCAUUGACGUGACUGAUCGCUCGUUUUGGUCCGAAACCAAGGGAAUAGAAUACAUUAAUAAGCUGGCUUUCGAAACUGACAUUCCGCCAAUCCAAGUCGCUAUUCAAGGCAAAUACUACGCUGUGAGCGCUCUGGCUGCAGCUAUGGCGCAGAUUGAACACCAAUUCUCUAUAACGUUUGCUCCGCAUUCUCUACGACUACGCUACCAACCUUCAGAUGAUACCAUGAUGAUUGAUGUAUCCGCGAUCCAAUGCUUGGAAAUCGUUCAAAAUAGUCACUCCAGCAAAUCAAAGGAUAGCCUCUUUGGCUUACUCAAUCAUUGCGUUACCCCAAUGGGCAAUCGAAUGCUGCGCAGCAACAUAAUUCAACCGCCUACGCUUUACGAAUCGUUCAUCGCACCGCGUUACGACGCCGUCGAGGAGCUGACUCUGAAUGACGAAAUGUUUCUAGAAAUUCGAAAGACCUUGAAAAAGUUUCUUGAUGUGGAAAAGCUCCUGACCAAGUUAAUCACAAUCCCCGUAAUUGUGGCCAUACCCCAAGCAGAGCAGCAGAUCAACCAAGUGCUUAUGAUCAAGUCGUUCUUGGAGGCAGCCAAAGAGCUGCACCUAGCCAUGAGGCCUGCAACCGCUCCACUACUAGUCAAGAUUCGGGAGCUCUGCAGCCUGGAGAGAAUCGGAGCCAUGUCACAAAAGAUACACACAGUGCUUGAAUCUGACGUAUCAUACACGAAAUCAGCUCUUGAUUUACGGAACCAGCGAACUUUCGCUGUGCGAACUGGUAUUAGCGGUGUGUUAGAUGUGUCCCGGCAGGCAUACAAAGAGUUGACGGAAGAGAUUCACAAUUACGUUGAACAACUCAACGAAAAGUAUAAUGUAACUGCGACGCUCAAGUUCGACAAUGGUCGCAAAUACUGGCUGAAGAUAAGUAUUGGUGACUACAACAGUGUUGAUCCACCUGGUUUCUUCAUCAAUGUGGUCAAAAAGCGAGGCGCUAUCGAAUGCCAGACUCUUGAUCUUGUCAAGCUGAACAUGCGACUUUCGGACACUUCAAAUGAGGUAGUGUUCCGCAGCGAUGCCAUCAUCGAGCAGCUGAUUGCCACUCUGCAAUCAGACGCAUCUCACCUCUUCAAAAUGUGUGAAUCGAUCGGUCUCAUUGACAUGCUCGCUUCCUUCACCCAGCUAAAACAGCAUUGCUUCCAUAUUGUGACUGGAUUCAACAUGGGCGGAAAAAGCACGUAUAUCCGAGCCAUCGCGCUACUACAGAUCAUGGCGCAAAUUGGCUGCUUUGUUCCGGCCGAAUAUGCUUCCUUCUCUGUCGUCCAUAAUGUCUUUACUCGCAUUUCCUUGAGCGAUAACAUAGAAGCAGGGCUAUCCAGUUUCUCUGUCGAAAUGCGCGACAUGGCAUUCAUCUUGCGCAACGUGGAUCAACAAAGCAUGGUUAUCAUCGAUGAACUUGGCAGAGGCACCAGCACCCGUGACGGGCUUGCCAUUGCCAUUGCCAUGGCAGAAGCACUAAUUCAAUCCAAGGCCUUUGUGUGGUUUGCCACUCAUUUUCUGGAACUCGCACGCGCUUUGGCUAACCGGCCCGGUGUUCUCAACCUGCACCUGGCAACCGACUGCUCAGUCAACGAGGACGGGGUGCCGUGUAUGACCAUGUUGUACAAGACGGAGCGCGGCCCCGAAAAGGACGAGCAGGAUUACGGAAUCAAUCUUGCCAAGGCGAUUGGAUUUCCGGAUAGCAUUAUUCGACCAGCCGAAGAGUAUGUACGCGCAACAAGGCUGCGAAAAGAAGCAAGCAAGCAAAGCUUGGAAGCGCAAAAGUUGCAAAGACGCCGCCAACUGAUCCUAGGUCUACACGAGGCUCUGAAGCAAGCAAGGGCUGACGGCGCCAAGGAGGCUCUGCCAGGCUACCUUAAACAGUUGCAGCAUGAAUUUGUGACACAAAUGGCUGCAAUCGAAGAUGGCGACUAA